AUGGCCAUGUUCUUAAAGCCGCUGAGGCCUCGGGCCUUUGGGAAAAUGUCCUUUGUGGUUUUCAUCCUGACCUCCACCGUCUCAGUAGCUUCCCUGCCUGCUGACAUAGACAAGGGAAGGAGGAAGGUGGUGCACGUGCUCGAGGACGACACUGGAGCGGUGAUUGUGCAGACAGCUCCUGGUAAAGUGGUGACACACCGCGGUGGCUCCAUCACUCUGCCCUGCAGAUUCCACCAUGAGCCGGAGAACACCGAUCCGGAUCGCAUUCGGAUUAAAUGGACCAAAGUGACCGAUGCACUGCAGUUCCAGGACGUCUUUGUGGCACUUGGAAGGCAGCAGCGUGUGUUUGGAUCGUACAAAGGCCGUGUGUUUUUGGAGCAGGCGGGACCAGGUGACGCCUCGGUGAUCAUCCAAAAUGUCACACUGGAGGACUACGGACGCUUUGAGUGUGAAGUCACUAAUGACAUGGAAGACGAUACGGGGUUUGUCAACCUCGACCUAGAAGGAGUUGUGUUUCCCUACUACCCACGUGAGGGGCGCUAUAAGCUCAACUACCACCAGGGGGAGGAUGCCUGCAAACAACAAGACGCCAUUCUGGCCUCUCACUCUCAACUGCACAAGGCCUGGCUGGAGGGACUAGACUGGUGUAAUGCUGGCUGGCUGGAGGACGGCUCAGUCCAGUACCCCAUCUCUCAUCCCAGAGACGAGUGCGGCCGCAAGGACAACCCCGCUGGCGUUCGUAACUAUGGCUACAGGCACAAGGAGGAGGAGCGCUAUGAUGCCUUCUGCUUCACUUCCCAGCUCAAUGGCAAAGUGUACUUCCUCAAACGCUUCAAGAAGGUGAACUAUGCGGAGGCGAUGAAGGCGUGCAUCCGAGACGGCUCUGCGGUGGCCAAAGUGGGCCAGCUGUACGCCGCGUGGAAGUUCCAGCUCCUGGACCGCUGCGAGGCCGGCUGGUUGGAGGACGCCAGCAUCCGUUACCCCAUCGUCAACCCCCGCUCUCGCUGUGGUGGGUCCCAGCCGGGCGUCCGACACCUGGGCUUCCCUGAUAAAAAAUUCCGCCUCUAUGGCGUCUACUGUUUCCGCAAGAACAAGAAUGAAACAGGAGGGGGCACCGAGGCGACAAAAAGCCCCGCAGAUAGUUUGACAAGGAGGAAGAGCGGCAACAGCAUCCCCGUGAAUGCCACCGCGGCGAUUUAA